AUGGAUGCAGAUACAACUUUAACAAAUUUAAGUUUUACGAAAAGUGCAAUCUACAAGUCCCUAAAGGGAUUUGUACCAGGGUAUAUCAAAGGACCUUCGAACAAUCCAGAGAGAAUGUACAACGAGAAUACUUUAGUACUGAUUACAGGAGGAUCAGGAGGUCUAGGCUACCCUAUUGCGUUGAGUUUAGCAAAGAAAAAAGUAAACGUAAUUAUAGUUGAUUUAUUACGUCCAAGAUUUAUGGAUGAUAUGGAUGAACAUAUUCAUUUCUAUAAAUGUGACAUUUCAAGUUUAAAAGAUAUUAAAAAUUUAAGAGAUCAAAUAAUUAACGAUUUUGGUUAUGUUUCUAUUUUAAUCAACAAUGCAGGUAUAACUUCUAUUGCUUUAUUAAGGGAAACUGAAAAUGAACAAAUUGAAAAAGUUAUUAAAAUUAACCUAAUUGGCGCUUAUAUGAUGACACAAAUUUUUUUACCAGAUAUUAUGAAAAAUCAAUACGGUGCUAUAGUUAACAUCUCAUCGAUAUUGGGUAUCAUCACUCCCGCUAGACUGUGUCCUUAUGGGUCUUCGAAAGCAGGUGUCAUCCUAUUACAUGAAUCUUUAAAAGAUUACUUGAUUAGAAAAAAAUGUUCCACUCCAAAUCUAGGUAAUAUCAAAACGUUGUUAGUCUGUCCUGGUAAAAUCAAAACCUCAAUGUUUGAAAAAAUUAUCACCCCUUCAAAAAUUAUAGCUCCUGACAUUAAUCCAACUCAAUUAGCAGAACAAAUUACUCAUGCAUUGGAACAAAAUGGUCCAGAUGUAAUACUUGCUCCUUAUUACGCUAAUAUAAUCCCAUUAUUCAAAAAAUUAGAAUGGCCUUACGUCGAGAUAUUGAAGAAAUUAAGUCGUAUGAAUCAAGUCACCAACGUUUAA